UCCAGUAUCUUUCAUCGUUCUAUCAAUUGACAAACCCUUCCCUCUCGGUUCACUGUAUCUGUUUCUUCUAGGUGCGUCAAUGGCGAAGCCAGCGUCGACCUCUUCUCUUUUGCAAACCUUGAAGCGAUACAUCAAAAAGCCAUGGGAGAUAACUGGUCCGUGCGCCGACCCAGAAUAUAGGUCUGCUGUGCCAACCGCACUCGAGUACAGGGUAACGUGCCCGGCAACCCCUAAACUCCAGCCCUUCAUUCCCACAUCGAACCCAGAGACCGUGUACGACAUCAACUAUUACACUCGUGAUCAGCGCCGCAACCGUCCUCCGGUUCGUCGCUCGAUCCUCAAGAAGGACGACGUGCAGAAGAUGAUGAAGGAGAAGACUUUUAAUGUAAUUGAUUUUCCUCCUGUUUAUUUGACGGACUAUAUCGAAGAGGCCGACAAUGCGCGAGGUGGGGGGUACCAGAAAUAGGCUUCUAGUGGGAUCCAGGUUUACUUUCCUUCUGUUGGUCUAAAGUUUGCUGUUCCUGGAGGAGUGCAGAUUGCCUUGGCAUCUUAAUUUGAAAAGACUGUAUUGCAGGUAAAGGCAAUCUGGUAUUUGCAUCAAUAAAGGCUGCUACCUGGACUGGCGAAUUAUAUGUUUUUGGUAUAUUCAUGUAUGGGUUUUAUAAAAUCCAAUGGAAACUGAAAUUGGGAAAUGAUACACUAUACUUAUCUAUUAAGAAUCAUAGCCAUUUCUUCCUGUGAUUGUUGAGAAA